AUGCCACCCAGCGACACCCUCUCCUGGAAAGUCAUACUAGCCAGCGGCAUCUUCCUCUACGCCCUCAGUACAACGCUCUACAACAUGGUCGCCGAGCCAGACUACGAGCGUAUCAUCGCCAACAUCAAAGACAAAGCCCGGACCGUCUUUCCGCAACACCGCGCCUUCGUCGUCAAAACGAAGCGCGUCCAGCGUCGCUCGCGCGCUGGUUACGAUGACCGUGAUCCGUGGGUUGCGGGCUUGUCCGUGCGGGGCGGCGAGGGACGUCCGCUGAGGGAGUCGGAAGAGUGCGCGGGUAGAGAGGCGGCGAUGCGGGAUUUGGAGAGGUGGGUGGAGGCGGAGGUAAGGCGGAGGAGUGUGAGUGGAGGAGGGCGGGUUGAGCGGGUUGGAGGAUGA